GAUUUGAGUAAUGCAAUAGAAUGUGGGCAUGGAUUUGACAUGUGCAAAGAAAUGAAUCGUUUCAGUUUGUAAACUUGUAUAAUAUUGAAAAUAUCUAAUUGUGUAAUAGAUAUAUCUUUGAACUUGUGUAAUAGAAAAUCUGUAUAUACUUAUGUACAAGUAACAACUGUAUACGAUAAAACGUUUUGUUAUUAAAUCAAAGAUACUUUUAAGCAAAAGUAUUUUUCAUUGUUUUUCAUUUCGACAUGAUACAAAACGCCAAAAAAUUUUAUGUGAUUUACAUUGCUAUGUUGCUUCGUUACACUAUAAGCGUUUGUGAUAAUGUGAACUGAUAAAACAUUAAUUAUUUAUAUUAUAAUCUGAUAAGUUCUUAAAAUGUAUGUUAAAGUUUGGUAAACAUCAACAAAUAAUGUAUCAAUAUUAUAAUUUUCUACUCAACAAUGUAACUAUUAUGUACAAUAUUAUUAUAAUCUAUUUACAUUGUUGGAUGAGAAAUUAUAAGUGAUGUAAUGUGUAUUAAUUGUGUGAUGUUUACUAGGAGUUAUUGAGAUUUAUGUCAUGACAUUUAGAUGAAAUAUGUGGCACAUGAAUAAACAUAAACAGUAAAAGUUUAAAACAGUUUAAAUAGUAAGCAAAUAGAACAAAGAGUUUUAAAAUGAUUUUAUGUUUUUUUCAAUAAACAUUUUAUAAAUUAUAUAAACAAUUUAUAAAUUUUUUCUAGCUUAAGCUAGUGGUACAUAAGAAAACAUAAGCAGAAAAACAAAUGGACUGAUUAACCAAGAGUUUUAAAAUAAUGAUUUUUCAAUCAUUUUCAACUUUAGUCGAUUCGCUUAUUGUCCAAGUUUUAUUGCUUAUGUUUUUUCAAAUUCCAAUUUAUAACUCCGAAUUGCCGGUUCUUUUUUGAAUCAACAGUCAUAAAUCAUGAAUGUCUAGAUGCGACAUGAUGCCGUAUUCGGCAUGGAUAUUAUCUUCAAAAGUGUGAAGGACCUCUCCGAGCAUGCUCGAAUUGAAUUUACGCCGUUGGGUGGUAGGCGUUGAAGCGUGAUAACGUGCACUCGUGCGUGUAUAUACAUACAUAUAUGCGACAUGUGUGUACGUGUGUUCGUGCCAAAUGCACUCUCUCGUAUGUAUACGUCACGGCGCAUGUCAAUUCGCGUGUCUGCCGCUAUCAGCUCGUCUGGUCGUAGGACGGAUAUCUCUCGCGGUUUCGAAAUGACAUUUCCGAGUUGUCCGUGAAAACAAAUAGCCAGAAGUAUCGCAGCGUUGUCUCCAUUGGAGCCAUAAGGAUGGCGGAAUCGAGCGGACCGAUUCUUCACGUCAUCGUCGUUGGGUUUCACCACAAGAAGGGCUGCCAGGUAGAAUACUCAUUUCCACCUUUGGUUCCUGGCGCGCCCAACGAGUGUCCGCUGGGAUGGAAGUACUUGCCCACGCUUGCUCUGCCUGAUGGCUCCCACAACUAUGACGAGGAUACAGUCUAUUUUCACCUACCUAGUCUGAACGACCCAAAACGCACAAUAUAUGGCAUCUCGUGUUUCCGCCAGAUACCUGUAGAGAAAUUGAAGAAUCGCACGUCUGACAUAACGAGAGGCACUGUACAGAAAUCAGUCUGUGUGCUGAGUACCUUGCCUCUGUAUGGGCACAUUCAAGUAAAAAUGGCUCUGAUUACACAUGCAUACUUCGAGGAAGGAGAUUUCAGUAAAGUGUCCUUACUAGAGGAUACUUAUCAUCAUCUCAACUCGUGUAUGAGUGGUGAAAGUCAGAUACCACCGCAAAUUUUUGUUGGUUUGUCCGCAAGAGAUUUUAUAUUGCAAUUCCGUCACAAAGUGUUGCUGUUAUUUAAAUUGCUCUUGCUUGAGAAAAGGAUAGUUUUUUAUCAAUCGCCUGUGCAGCCAUUAUGCGCCACAAUAUUGACUCUACUGUCGCUGUAUCCCGAUAUGAUUGAACAUGGUCUUCAACAAGCUGCUUGUGUGAGACCAUCUAGGCCAAUGUCACCUAUUCCGACUUUCGACGAGGAGGAGAUUUCUAAUAAUAUUGAUGAUUCCAACUUGUCAUCCGCCUGUAUCGUCAAAGACAAUAUGUCGAACGCAAGCCACGAACAGUGCAAUGAUAAUAGAAAUAGAAACUCUCUGUGCAUUAAUGACAACAAAACCAUGGAGUCAAUGGAGGGCAAAUGCUUAGACGGAUUGCAACAAGUAACUAUACAAAAGAAUAACAAUGACAAUGAGAAUUUAAAUAUGAAAGUUAUCGAAAUAGAAUCGGCGCAGGAAUGCACCGAAAGUUAUUUAGAGGAAAGUAAUUCCAAAUAUUCGCCGAAACCGAAUGAUAACGUACACAGGGUACACAGUGUAAACGCCAUCACAUUAAAUACAGGUGAUACGGAUAAUAGUUUACCCCGUGACACGAGCAGUGAUGCGCUCUCUGACGCGAGAUUAACGAACAACAUUACACAAAUCGCGCAUAUUAAUCCGGAAAAUUGCGGCCUACCUUUAGAGUUAUUUACGAAGGGAUAUCUCUGUCUACCUUACCUGUCUUUGCCCUAUUUGGAUCUUUUAGGGGAUGUUAAUGUUAGAGGAUACGUAGUAGGUGCUACAAAUGUACUAUUUAAACAAAAGAAACAGCUUAUUGAUGUGCUAGUCGAGGUUGAGAACACGCGGAUAGAAGCUACCGAUCCCGAAUUGAGACGACAAUUGCAUCUCACCACCGAAGACUUGAGAUUUGCUGAUUACGUUGUAAGGCACGUGGCCGAGCCUCGAAAGGAUAUUUUUCUCGAUGGAGUGGGAUGGGAGGGCGGCGACGAGUGGAUCAGAACGCAAUUUCGAGUGUACCUGUUGAGCAUGUUGCGUACUUCUAUGCAGCAGGACACCCGUCAAUCGGAUCACUACAACGCGGCGUUUAUGUCCGCGUGGCGUACUACGAAUAAUUACAAAGCUUGGUGUAAUGCGAACAAGCCAGAGAUACAUAAUAUCGAAUCUGGUCAUCCCUUUGCUGGUCAGCUGUCGGUGCAGGAUAUGAAACUACGCCUAUCACACACAAUGCAAAAUACAGAAAGCGGCAGAAAGUUGAAUCAAGCAAUGGCAUCGACCGGGCGUGCAGUAGCCACUACUGGAAAAGCCGUGGGGGGAGCGCUGUCACAAGCGAAAGGGGCAUUUUCAAACUGGUGGAGCACGUUGACGACAGUUCAGCCGGUCGAUGAAGCAAAGAUUGACAAUCAAACGGCAAACAACCAUCACACAGUGUCCAGCGUUGCGGACAAAGAGUCCAUCGAAGAUGAGGAGAUGAAUAUCUCCACCACCAAUAACGCGGAUAUCACCGUAGAUCUUAAUUAAUUCGAAAACGUAUGUCAAUGAGAAAUGAAAAAAUGAAAAACGAUCAAAGAAUACGAGACAUUAAUAAGAACGUAAUAUAAAAAUACGUAAAAUUGAAACAAAAAACUUUUUGCAAGCUCGUGUAAAAUGUGCUUGUUAAACGACCGAAUUUUUUCAAGUAUCGCAGUUUUAGUAAGGAGAAGUACGAAACAUUAAAGUCACGUACGUACAACAAACUAUACUAAUGUGAUAUGAGCUUUGCAAGAAAAAUUUUUAGGCUGUCGGACAAACACUGUAGGAAUUACAAAUCGACGUAUUGCCGAUUUAAGUACAAGUUUUUGUAACUUUCGUUGAAUAUCCUGUAUAUAUAAUUUCUAUAUGAUUUAUAUAUUUAUAAGAC